UGUCAAAAAAUUAUUACGAUGUUUUUUGUGUGGUUUUUUGCAAUUUCGUUGUUGAUAGAAAUUAAUAUUUAAUAAUUAAUUGUAUUUAGUUAGUUAUUUGCGAAGUGCAAUUCUAAUAAAACGAUAUACCUUAAGCCCAGAAAAUCUUUGAAUCUGUUCUAUUACAUCUAGGAUAACAAAAUGGAUUACCGGCGUAAAAGUAGCCGUAACGACGAACCAGCCCACGACACUCCAUUACAUUCUAGGCUGUUCAUUGUAACUGAAAAAGGGGUGACUGAGACCGAUCUACGGGAUGCUUUUUCACGAUUUGGUCAUAUAGAAGACAUAAAAAUACCACGAGACCACCAUACAGGAGAGUCCAAAGGUGUAGCUUAUAUAAAAUACUUUAAAACCUCUGAUGCAGCUGCAGCUAUUGAGGGUAUGAAUUUUAAAUCACUCCCGAACGUUAAUCGUCCAAUAAAAGUAAUGGUUGCUGCAAAUCGCUCAGAAAUUCAAUCAGAGGACCACAAUGAAGACAAAUUUAAGCGAAUAUUUAUUGCUGUUCCAAACUCUAUGAAUGAAGAAGAGUUAAAAAAUGUAUUUUCAGAAUAUGGCCCUGUGGAAUAUGUACGGAUGCAAAAGGAUAAAAACGGCGAGUCAAAAGGAUUUGCCUAUGUGAAAUUCAAAUUAUUUUCAGAGGCCGCUAGAGCUAUUGAAGAGUGUGCACCAAAAUACAGGGCCAUUUUUGCGCAGCCGAAAAGUCAAAGACGUCCUGGUCCUGAAACAUAUUUUGAAAGUAACAUUGGUCAACUGACUGCUUCCACAAUGAAUAUGACGAAUUCUCUUAUGUCCGCAAUGAAUACUCAGCCUGACGGCUAUACCUGUGUCAAUUUCAUGUGUAAUCCUAAUAUCAGCCAAAACCAAAUCAGAAAAAUAUUUGACAUUGUACCAGGAAUGACUAGUUGCCAAUUAUUUUUUGACUUAGUUAAUAAUUGUAGCAAGGGUAAUGUCGCAUAUUCAAAUCCUGUCUCAGCUGCAUAUGCUGUGAAGAAACUACAUAAUUUUGAAUAUCCUCCAGGAUGUAGAAUAUUUGUAAAACCAAAUUACAAUAAAUUUCCACCCGUUGAAAAAGGUUCCGAAAGCAUCUCAAAUGCAUUUACGAACUUGAAAAAUGCUAUCUCAUCACAAGCAAAUUCGUCUUCCCCUGACUUGGUUCAAUUAGCUGCAGCAAUAGCAGAAGCGUCUAAAUUAAUUAAAAAGGCCGCUGCCGGUGUGACUGACGAUGAAAUACCUGACGGCAACGAUUUAAACUAUUGCAGUGUGUCGCUGCCACCACGACAACCUCUAGCAGACAUUGACAGUACGGUUGCUAAGAGGUGCUUUUUGGUGUGCAAACCUCAGCCUCCUCCGCUCCCUGUUUUGCGUGACAUUUUUUGCAGGUUCGGUGACCUUAUUAAUGUGUAUACAUUGCCCGGAAAAACUGUUGGUUACGCUAGAUACGCUUCAGCACAAGCUGCAGACAAUGCCAUCAAAACUCUGCACGGAGCUGAGGUUUGUGGUGUUGUUAUGAAGGUAUUAGAGGCAGAAGAAGCUCCCCCUAAGAAAGUGAAAUACGAUCACUGACAAGCUAGAUGACAAGGACGAGACGAAUACAUCUACAGUACUGUUCAAUUAAGACCAAUGUAGUUUUUACUAAUAAACUUUUUUACUAUUA